AUGGAGUUCGCCAAGGGCGGGCUCAUUGAAAGCAUCAAAGAUGCACUUGGCCCCAAGGCCACCUCCACGAUUCAUGCAAGGGCCAGCCCAGUGCUGCAGUAUAUUCAGUUUUGCAAAGACAGAGGCAUUGAACCUUUUCCGCUGGUUGAACACACAUGUUAUGACUAUGUGAAGUCGUGUGAAGGCAGGGCGGCAACUUACACUAGAUCGUUUCUGUUGUCGUUGAGCUUCGCGAACUAUCACUUCGGCGUACAAGGUGCAGAUGUGGUCUUAGGUUCAUCGCGGAUCCGUGGACUGGUGAACACGUUGUUUGCUCAGAAACGCAAAUUGGUCCAAAGACCGCCUUUGACAGUGAAACAGAUUAUGCUGCGCUUCAGCGAUGGUCAACAGAUUUGCCAACUGACUCUGGACCAGCAAGACGAUGGUUUUGGGUUCGUCGAAGCCUUGGCCGCCAAAACAAAGACAUCGGUGAGCUUGGAUCGGAAGACUAGGCACUUGCCAGUAGCAGUUCCGUUGUUGACUUUCGGUGACACGCAAUGGUUGCCUACUUGGCUUGAUCUCAGACAGAAGGAACUGGGAGCACAGGCCAACAGCAUAGACGAGUUCAUCCCGCUGCUUCCCUCGCCGACGAUGAAGGGAUGGUCCAAGAUGCCGCUGGGAGUGACUUCUGGAGCGAACUGGCUGAGGAGCCUACUUCAAGGUGUUGAGCCCGAGAAGGGAACUCCGGUUGGGACGCAUUCACUGAAAGCCACGCUGCUGUCAAUGAGUGCGAAGUACGGCAUGAACCACGGGGUUAGAAAACUCCUUGGAUACCACGCCGGAUCCAAAAAUCAGAGCAUGCUCUGCUACAGCCGGGACGCUAUGGCGGAGCCCUUGAGACAGAUGUGCCAGAUGAUACAAGAGGUCAAAGCUGGGAGGUUCCUUCCCGAUUGUUCCCGAUCUGGACGUUUUCCUGCUGUGGCCGAGUCCGAGAUUCCGAAAGAGCAAGACGAGCUGAGCGAAUCUUCAUCAUCUGGUUCCGAAAAUGAAGAGGAAGUUGAUCAUGUCCAGGAGGAAGCUGCAUGCGCCUCAGUGGUGGGAACUUGGCGUCCCUCCAAAGACGAACGGCUGGAGACGGCAAUUUUCGUGCGGCACAAGGUGUCGCGCUGCAUUCAUGCCUUUGCCGACGAGUCUGGAAUAGAGUUCACGCGCGGUCGCAAAAUGGCCAACGCGUAUGAGGUGCUGAGAACUUUCGUCGCCAUGAGCUACGGAGACAGCAAGGCUGUUUUCGCGCAGAGAUGCAAGGAGAUUGGCCUAGAUGAUGCGGUGACCUCAAAGAUCAUAUCACAUGGGUUAGACGCGAUGUCAAAAUUUGCCUUUGCUUCCAACUUCCAACCUGGAGCCACAGAUGAAACCCCAUUGGUGAACUUGACCAAAGACUUCCUUGGCAAGUCACCUACUACAGUUGAGAUGUCAUGCAUUCGCAGACUUUUCAGUGAGAGCUACGCCAAUGUGGCGUCUGACAUCAAAAGCAGGGUUGAAGCCAGUGACGACACUCCUGCUCGCAGGUUGGCUCCAGCAGAACGUGCAGAACGGUUGAAACAACAGCAACGUCGACUGAUUGGAGUGAACAUCUCAGGACCAUAUGAACCAGGUGAUGCAUUGGUGGAUCGUUGCAUUAGCAUUUAUGAGAGCGACAGAAUUCAGUACAUAUCAUGGGAUGUUUGCACCAGUCGCGAACAUGAGAUACUGCAUGGUUCCAAGAAAGACCAAUCCUUAACCUUUGACACAAGUGGUGCCUUGAAGUUGCAACGUCAGACGAAGGUGGAACCGUGCAGCACCGCCUCAGAGAUUCAAGUCAGGUUCCUCUUCAUCCAGGCCAGCCGAGACACCAUCGUCACCAGAAAGCGAAUCACAAUGCUGAACGAGUGGACGACCAGAGCCAAGGCACUGCGAGAGUUGGAGACUGAACUUCACAACCUUAUGGAGCCUGACAUUGGUCGAAUCAUGAAACCAAAAAGGAUUCUGCUCAUGCGAUCGAUCGCAGAAGAGAUUGGGUGGCCUGACAUGACAUUGUUUGACGAAUUCACAACUGGCUUCAAAAUCACUGGACAGACCACAGUGGCCGGUAUUUUCAAACAAGGCAUCACCAUGGCAACAUUGACGACGUCACAGCUUGAACAGAAAUCGAAGUUCCUGAGACCCAUGAUUCUGGGGCGAUCGAAACUGACGUGUGAAAAUGACAUCCAGAAGGAGUUGUACGAGAUCACGUUGGAUGAAGCUGUGAACAAAGGCUGGCUCGAAGGCCCGUACCAACCUGAAGAGAUUUCGCAGAUGCUUGGAAAGGACUGGAUUCCGGUUCGACGAUUUGGAGUUGUUCAGAAGAAGAUCCGUCCCAUUGAUGAUUUUAAGGAGAACAAUGUGAACCUCACCCAUGCAAGCGUGGAAAAGAUAGAACUGAGAACCAUGGACCAUGUUUUGUGGUCUGUCUUCACGCUGGUGAAGUUCUUGAUGUUUGAGGGGCGAAUGGAGCUGCGCCUGAAGAGCCGAGACACCCUGGCGGGAGAAGUUCACACUGAAUGGAAGGCGGUGGAACCUGUAUUCAAAACAUCGUGCGUCGAUCUAAAAUCUGCGUACAAGCAACUUCCGCUACACCGCGAUGAACGCAAACACGCAGUAGUGACUUUGUGCAAUCCUGGAAACGGUUCAAACGAAUGCUUCGUGAUGAAAGUUCUGCCAUUCGGUGCGGCGGCCAGUGUGCACCAUUUUCUCCGAACCAGUGCUUUCAUACAAGCGGUGGGGAGACACUUGGGGUUGUUGUGGUCGGCAUUCUUCGAUGACUUUGUGUUAGUGAGCCACUCCAUGCACGAGCAAAGUUCAAUGACCUCUUCAUUGGCCCUGCUUGAAUUGUUGGGGUUCGCCUACAGUGAAGACAAACUGCAACCGUUCCAGGAGGUCACCGAAAUGCUUGGAGUGGAAUUGGACUUGAGAGAGACCGGACAAGGUCGCGUGAAAGUUCGAAACAAGUUGAGCAGAACCAAAGAGAUGAACGACAUCCUCACUGACAUACUUGAAUCCGGAAAGGUGAAAGUGGCACAACUACCCUCGGCGCUCGGAAAACUGCAAUUCGCUGAAGCCCAGUUGUGGGGCAGAUCUGGACGAUUGGCGCUGGCUGACUUGAGAGAGCUCGAGAAAUCUGACCAGAAGUUGGCCCGCCUUGACGAGCGCGCCUUAAGCGCUGUGACGAGAUUGCAGAAGAAACUCUCGAACGGGAAGCCUCGAACCUUGUUCAUAUCCAAGCGGUCGCCCCCUUUUCUUCUUUUCACCGACGGAGCUUUGGAAUACGAUUCACAAGGAAACGGAAUUGCGGGAAUUGGUGCAAUCCUUAUUUGUCCCGAUUCGUCGGUAUUUGUCUUCGGGUCGCAAGUCACCGACAAUGUUUUGAAAUCCUGGCAGGUGAAUGAGAAGGAACAUGUGGUAGGCUUGGUCGAACUUUAUGCUGUGGCGGUCGCAUUCCAAACCUGGGAAGAUAAACUGAAAGAUCAACGUGUGAUUUGCUUUACAGACAGCUGGCCAGUGUUUGAUGUUGUGGUGAAGGGAAACUCCACCAAACCUGAGUGGAGAGAUUUGCUUUUGAUUAUAGAAGACCUUGAUGAACGCUCGCCCAUGCUACUUUGGAUGGCCAGGGUUCCUUCGAAAUCAAACCCGGCAGACGCUCCCAGCCGUUUUGCAGUUCAUGACAUAGAUUUCCUCAGGCCCUUCGAAGUAUGCAAGCCAGUGUGCCCCAUCACUGGAAAAAGGCUCGCCUCAAAGAUAUAG